AUGCUCCCGGGGGCGUGCGCCGCCCCCGCUCGCCUCGGCGGUGGCGGCCCGCGAAGGGCUCUCCGCAGCAGCGCGACGCGCCGCCCGGGCGCGAGCACGGCCUGCCCGACGCGUGCCGCUGCCGCUGCCGCUGCCGUCUUCUCCGACGGCGGGGGCUUGUCCACGACGCGGGCGGGGGAAAAAACAGUCUCAGUGCCCUGGCUGCGUCGUCGUCGUUUGCACGUCUACUGCUCCGUCUCGGGCACUCCGCCUGCUGCACUGAGCGCCUCUGGUUCCCUUCGUGCCCGCCGCAGCCGCAGUCUCGAGCUCAUGGAGGGUAGAACCUUGCUGCCUCGCUAA